AUGGCCGGCCCACCUUUCACUCUGCCCAGCAAGUAUGAGGAGGUUCAUAAGACUGAAAACCUAGCCGGCGAAGGGGAUGCCCGGCCAACCGCUAAACAGAUCCUCAAAGACGAGAACCGCUUCGACGGGUCCCUCAACAACAAAGUGGCUAUCGUCACCGGCUGCUCCUCGGGCAUCGGCGUUCCCACGGUUGAAGCCCUGGCAGCGGCAGGAUGCAUCGUUUAUGGUGGUGUACGAGGACCGAGUAUGGGACGCGCACAGGAGGCCCUGUCGUCGGUCCUCAAUGACCCCAAGACUAAGCACAAGGUCCACCUGUUGGACCUGGAUCUGACCAGCCUCGCGAGUAUCAAGGCCUUCGCCGACGAGAUCAAGAAGAGGGAGCCGAGACUCAAUCUUCUCAUCAACAAUGCCGGAGUAAUGGCCGUUCCCACACGCGAGCUCACCAAGGACGGAUUUGAGCUGCAAUUCGGAACCAACCAUCUGUCCCACUUCUAUCUGUUCCAGAAUCUCAAAGACCUCUUAAUUGCGGGGUCCAAGGCAUCUCCAGAUUUUGCAUCUCGCGUGGUCAAUGUCAGCAGCUCUUCCCACCGCUUUAAUUCUGUUGUUUUCGACGACAUCAACCUCGCCAAGCCUGGGAACUAUGAGCCGUCUAAAAGCUACGGAAAUUCCAAGACUGCUAACAUCUGGAUGGCCAACCACAUUGAGCGUCUUUAUUCUUCACAGGGCAUUCAUGCGUAUUCGCUCAUGCCAGGCGGUAUUGCGACACCCCUGCAGAAGCACGUAAAGGCAAUGAUGGAGGCGAUCAAGGGGGUCAAGAGGAUCGAGAACUACAUGAAGAACACGGAACAAGGAUGCGCGACGACGAUCUGGGCGGCUACAGCUCACGAUCUCGAGGGCAGAGGCGGAGUUUACUGUGAGGACUGCUGUGUCACUGGCAAAGUCGAGUACAAGGAUGACGGUUUCGAUCAUGUGGCUACUGGGUACGCCGAGUGGGCGUAUGACCCCGAAGGCGAGGAGAAGUUGUGGAGGGUGAGCAAUGAACUGGUUGGACUAGAUGCAAAUGCAUAA